AUGACGAACAAACAAUCACUCUUCGACACACCAUUCGACCAGCUCCCAAACCCGAAGCAAGUUUGGAUGGGAGUGCCCGGAAGUCGAGAAGAAGGCCUGGGAAAGCUCACCAUGUUGACCCCCGAAGUAGUUGCCGCGGCCGCAGCAACGGAGAUCAAAACCGGUCGACGGGUGACCAUGGCCUGGGAAUUGACUAAACUAGAUUAUCCGAAUCUGAAUCGCCAACCAUGCCAUCACCGCAUCGUCCCUUUGCUGGACGGUGUGGCCUUUGACGACAUCUAUACGAUGAAUCCUCAGCAAAGCAGCCAGUGGGAUGGCCUACGACACUUCUCGCAGAAAGUCCCGGGCCGAUCCGAGCGCGUUUUCUACGGCGGCACAACGGCGGAAGAGAUCAAUGAUCGGAAUAAUGACCGGAUAGGCAUGCAGCACUGGGCACGCGAGGGCUUGGCUGGUCGUGGAGUACUCAUCGACUACGCGACAUGGGCCGAGAAGCGCGGUAUACAGUAUAGCACGUUCUCAAACCAUCAAGUCAAGCUACGCGACAUCUUACAAAUCGCCAACGAAUGCGAUAUCGUGUUCCACAGAGGAGACAUCCUCUUCGUCCGGAUAGGAGUCACCAGAGAAUGGGAUACAGUCAUGACGCGCGCUCAGAAGCAGCAAUACGCCGACGAUGCGAACCCGCAGCACGCAGGUGUCGAGGCCACCGUUGACGUGCUUCGUUGGCUAUGGGAUACAGGAUUCGCAGCCAUUGCGAGCGAUGCGAUCAGUUGGGAGGUCUAUCCACCGCAGUCGUCUGAUAUAUUUCUCCAUGAAUACGUCCUUGCAGGCUGGGGCAUGCCGAUCGGAGAGCUCUUCGACCUCGAGGCGUUGGCACGCACAUGCGAAGAGCUGCAGCGCUGGACGUUCUUCGUCACCUCUGCACCUUUGAAUAUGCCCGGGGGAGUGUCCUCACCGCCGAAUGCUAUGGCCAUAUUCUGA